CUAUAGCAUGAUCACCAUUAUUUGACACUUGUAACUCUACAAAUUCCCUUUGAUUCCACCUCUACAAUAGAUCAAAAUUUGUAUGUCGAACUAUGUUUUCAACCUGCAAAUUGCAAUGGGUUCAUAACCCGUAGGUGACGUUAAUUAAUUUUAUUUAUUUAUAUGACAUAAAAAUUGUACAUUUGUAUAGUGUUAAGUAUAAUAUCUGUGUUUAUUUUUAUCAAUUUUUAUGAAUAUUGUUCAUGAAUAAGAAAUAAUGUCCUUCGAGUACUUGCCCGUGGCUGAAGAUGAAAAUGAAGAACCCAUAGAAUUACCAAUCGAAGAUGAUGGUACGUUGAUGUUAACUACCGUAUCGGCGCAGUUUCCAGGCUGUUGUGGCCUAAAAUAUCGUCACCCUGAAACAAAAAACAUCAGGGGUAUCAGAUUAAGAGAUGGCAGAUUGUACCCACCCCCAGAAGGUUGGGGUAAUCAUUUAUACAUAUGUAGCUUUCCUAAAGAAUCUAAACGCAAACCGGGUGAAAACUCCGAAUCAGCUGCGGCAAAAAAUAAGCGUAAUGAUAACUUAUGCUCAGAUUUGAUAGUGUUGGGAUUGCCUUGGAAAGCCACAGAGCAAACUGUACGAGAGUAUUUCGAGAAAUUUGGAGAAGUUUUAAUGGCGCAAUUAAAGAGAGAUCCCAAAACUGGUAUGUCUAAAGGUUUUGCCUUCAUUAGGUUUGCUUCUUAUACCUCUCAGAUGAGAGUGCUGGCACAGAGGCACAUGAUUGAUGGGAGAUGGUGUGAUGUUCGGAUACCCAACUCAAAAGAAGGUUCAGUUGCAUCUAUGCCCUGUAAAGUGUUUGUUGGUCGCUGUACAGAAGAAUUAACAGCCAAUGAUUUGAGAGAAUAUUUCUCACAGUUUGGGGAAGUGACAGAUGUGUUUAUCCCCAAACCAUUUAGAGCUUUUAGCUUUAUUACAUUUUUGGAUCCUGAGGUUGCACAAAGCCUCUGUGGUCAGGAUCACAUAAUUAAAGGUGUGUCAGUGAAUGUUUCUAAUGCCUCUCCAAAACAAAACAAAAGUGGUUCCAAUCUACGUAAUAUGCCUGGUAGAAAUUAUGAUGAUGGCCACCCACACAAUGCUUCAAACAAUAACUCAUGGAGCAGCCGCAACAUGGACAUGGUUAACAUGCAAGCUUUGAGCUUAUCAGGACAACAUGGUCAAACUGCUGUUGCUGGAGGGGGAGGCCAAGCCCAAGGUGGCAGCAUGCCUCUGGGAAUGGGAGGACUUCCAGUAAACCAGGCUCUAGUGGCAGCUGCACUAAAUCAAGCUGCUGGUUGGGGCCUUAUUAACAACAUACCGUCCGGUGGGUCCGAGCAAGGCGCCUUUGCUGGACCAGCUUCAUCUGCACCACCAGCUCCACCCAACUUUCUCUCCUGGAUGCAACAAGGUAAUUCUGCUCAGGGACCUUCUAGUCAGUGGGGACAGCGUCACCAGUCCCAAGGCCACUCUGUUUGAUCUAUCAUCUGGUUGAAAGCUCACAAUAAUUUCUGUGAUUGUAGCAACAAUUAGAUAAUUAUUAUCAUGUGUAUCUACAUAAUAAAAAAUCAUUGUUCUUAUGGUAAAGAGAGUGGUUUACAUAAAUAGUUUGCUACUGAUGUUAUUUAUUUAUUGUGGAGUUGCUUGUGUUAUGUUGAUUUUAUUCAAACUUAUAUAAUUAUAUUACAAAUGGAUUAGAUUACGGUAUCAUGGAUCAUACAAACAUUGCACACUAGAUGAAUUAUUAUAUUUUAGUUACAUACUUAUAUAUAAUAUUAAAUAAAUAUUGGUCUUGUUGCGCUUCUUCCUAAUAAUUUGUCAAUUGAAAUCAUGAACUUUCAGCAAUUUAGCAUGAAAAAGGUAUCAUGUAUUUGUUUUGGCCCAAAAAGUGCAAAACAUAUUUCAAUUGAAUAUGUAUAUUACUGUAGAAGCCUGAAGAGUUCAUUGUCUGUAUACUAUAUAAUUAUAAUUACUUAACUAAAUGUAUUCAUUAUUACACAUUGUUAUAAUUAUUUGUGUAGUCAAAAAUUAAUAGUCAUACAAAUUCAAGACAAUCAUAAUGGUGCAGCUUACCUAGUUAUUAUAAAUAAUUGUAACAACAUACAAUGUAGCAGCAAGUUAUGAUUUUUCAGCAGGCUUCUAUAGUAUAAAAAAUAUAUAAAAUCCAGAUUAUGAAACACAUUUGGUUAGUAUCAACUAUAAAGUUAUAUGAUGUUAAUUUUGAAUCUGUCGAAAAAUUUCAGUACAGAUCAUGCCAAUAAUUUUAUCAACAUAUUUUUUGUAAACCUAAAAUUAUUUAUUGUUUUUAGGGGAGCCUAAGAUUAAUUAUUUAUGGCCUUACUACAAAAACUUUAACCACUGUUUUACACUUGUCUAAAAAAAAUGUGGCUCCAAAAUGAACCAUAUGUCAACGUCAUAAUUUGUCAUUUUUUUAGACAAGUCUUAAACUGACGUUAAAAAGUUUUUGUGGUAAGACGGUUAUUGUUUUGCUAAACAUUUUGCAAUGAGGGAUCUUUUUUUUAUUUUUUUAAUUCUUUUCCUAGCUGAUGAUGAUGGCCCUGACCUAGGUACUUGCAUGCAGGAAACUUAACGUCAUAUCAAAGUCAUAUAAUUUUCAGGUCAUAUAACGAAACGUUUUUAUCAUCAAUAAUUUAAAAAAAUGAAAAUAAGGAAUAAAAGGAGAAAAGAACUCAGUCAAAUUACUAUCCAAAUAUUUUGAGAACAAUUUGUCCAGAAAUCUGAAUUUCUUGGGUCUUGGCUCAAAGGGCUUGGUGCAAUGUUUUUUAUUUCAUUUGGCAAAGGCUCACUCUCAUUUUUUUAAAUUCUGACUAUAAAGGUGUUAUUAAUUACCCUUUUUUUUAUCAUUUAUAAACAUAAUUGCAUGAUUUGUGCAAUAAACAGCAAAAAAUAACACGUUAAUGCUAGAUAAAAUGUCAAAAAUCAUAAAAUUAAUGAAAGGAAUUCUUAUUUUAUUUGUUUUUGAUAUUCAUCCAACUUGAAUAUUUAUUUCAUUCUGCGAAAAUAUGUGCACCCCUUGGGUAUGGAACCAUAAAAAUUAUUGAAUGGCAAUUAAAUAAGUAUAGCAUACUAUAGAAGAGCAACAACAGUAGCAGUAAACAGUAAUAUUUCAAUUAAUACAACAAAAUAGUGCAACACUGCACAAAUUACUGUUGCAACAUCUAAUUGUAUCUAAAUGCUUACACUAACCCUACAUGUUCCUUAAUCUGGAUUAAAAAAAAAAAUAAUAAAGUUAAAAAGUUCUGUUUCACUGCAUUAAUAAGUUUUUACUGUAGUUUUCUAUGUAUAUCUAUUUCAAUAAAGGACCUUGUUGAGAGGGCCUUUGAAAAUCAAGUUACCAUUUUAUCAAUACAUACCAAGAAUUCAAGCUGUCAUGGUUAAGAUUUUUAUUUACAUCUGACAAAAGCUUGAUUAGAGCAUUAAAUAAAAUCACCUAAUAAACAUUAUGUUUUAAAGAAUUAUUGAAUUGAUAAUAUAAACAUCACUGUUAGUAUAUAUUUGCAUAGUAUAUAUAUUUACCAAAAUAAGAGCUAUUCUUUUUUUCUAAUCUUAAUUCACAUAAAUUUUAUCCAAUUUUAUUAAUCUGUCUAGAGGUAUAUAAAUAAUGUUGCCAGGAAUGUGGUUAAAAAUGAAUGAGAAAUUAUAUUUUGCGUACUAAUUACUAUUACUUACAUCGCAAUUAAUUGGACCACCUUACGAUUGGAUCUUACGCAACUUCAGUGCUAAUAUGUGUGUAAUAGAAAUAAGUGUACUGUGCUUUUGUACAUUAAUAGGUAAUGAUUAUGAUUUAACAGCAGACUGUUGAGAGUUCAUACAUUGUAUAGUAAAAAAAUAGAAAUCUAUUGAUUGUUACAUUGUUUAACAAAUAAUGUUGAUUAUUAUAAAUUUAUUGUGUAUGUUUCCUCAGGUGGAUGUGGGUAUGAAAAUUGUAGACAGAUGUCUAUUUUUGACGAAAUAAAUACAUAGUUAGAAUAUUUUUGUUACUAAGCAAUGUGGGAUUGUUUACUGAAUGGGUAUAUAUAGACUUAGCUGUAGAGCACUGAUCCAAUAGCUUCUGUAAAUAAAUUUUAGGAGAAACCGAAAGGAUGUUUGUACAAAUUGCAAGACUGUAUAUAUACAUACAUAAACGAGAUGAUAAUAAGACACCAUUCUAUAACGAUUAAUCGUGUCUCUACGAAGGAUUAUAAUAUACCUACUUUAUGAUAAGAUUCCAUUGCCUUCUUAAAAUGAUUAAAUUCCUGGUGAGCCUUCGAAUUUGUACUUUUCUAAUCAAAACUUAAGGCAUAUUUGUGAAUUAUGUCCCAUUUCAUUUUGUACGCGAAUCUUAUUUCCUGAGGCCUUUAAUUUGGGUAGCGAGCCCCUAUAUGAUACCACUACCCCCCAUUUAUAUAUAACUACCUAGACUAGACCUCCAGAUUGGAUUGACUCUUUAAUUUAAAUCAAUAAUAUACUUAGUUAUAACAAAAUUAAAUAAUUUUGCAUACAUUUUUUUACACAAUGCUAAGAAUAGUUGCAAUAUGGUAACUACACUUAAGUAGGUAUAUUGUAUGUUCUUAGAGACUAUAAAAACUUUAAAAGAAAGCUCUACGAUAAAAAUACCCGUGGCAAAUGCCUUAUCGUCUCCGUAUCUAACCGAAACGGUAAAACAAACGUUCGACUAAGUAUUAUAAUGAUAUAUUUCUCAAUAACCAAUAUGUAAGUAGAUAUACAACCAUCGCAAAAUACUGUUCUACUGAUGCAUUGAAUAUUUCAAUAUCUUUUCAAGCCAUGAUUAUGCUUAUCCAUUCAUUGUAUAAUUAAUUACGUACAUAAUAUUCCGAAAAUAUUGUCGAUAGGUAAAUAUAGGUAUUGGUAUUGUUUUUCUUGUGUAUGUUUUUGCUUGACUUUGUUUAUUUUAUUAACUUAUUUGGUUUGGCCAUUUGUUGUUUGGUUUUAAUAUAAAUGCAUGUCGAUUAUCGGUGUAGAAUAAGCAUUGUUAACGUGUGUUAUGUCUAAUCUAACAAUAUCACAAUUAAUGGGUAUUUUUCGGAGACACGACAUACUUAUUUAUCCCAUAAAAAGUCAAUUUAUAUAUAUGUGUGGCAUUGUUAUAUGUAAUAUAAACACGAUUUUAAUUAUUUUCUUAAAUGAAGACAAAGAGGACAUAUAAUUAAUGUGUAAUUUGUUUUAAUAAUAUUAUAAAUAGAACAUAUAUAUUCAA